UUCUAUUUAAAAAUAAAUAAAUAAAUCUCCACAUCUCUCCUUUUGUCUCUCUCUAUAUAUUUUUCCUUGGACUAUUUCUCAACUUAAAAAACAAGAAAAAAUUACGGUUGAAACUUGACCUCUCUCCAAAUUUCAUAUCUCCCCCCUCUCUCUUACUCUGAAUCAAUGUUAGAAUACACCGACCACCGCCGCGACUCCGACGAAGAAGAGGAGGCACUUUCUCUUUGCGACCUUCCACUAGAAGAAGAAGAUGAUGAAAACGACGACAAAGGAAGCUCUAACAUUACCAGCCAUGCUAACCGAAGAUCAUCAUCAGAGCCGCCUGAAUUCUUCGAGUUCUUCAGUAACGUCAGUUCGGACAACAUGUGCUCAGCUGAUGACAUAAUCUUUUGCGGUAAGCUUAUACCAUUCAAAGAUUUUAAAACCCAUAAUAACUCCCCACAAGAUAAAAUACAUUUGUCUUUUCGCCGCCGGUCGGAGUCACUAUCCGGGUUACAUAACUCGGUAGCUCGUUCUAAUAGCAUCAACACUACUAAGCUCAUGAUGAGGAAUAGCCGGUCGUUAGAUUAUCGUAAACUUUGGUUUUCUAAAACUUCGUCGGAAUCAGAUAACUCUUUUGACCGGAAUUCCUCAACUAGAAGUAUCGGAAAAGGUGAUGGUGUAGUUAAAAAGAUGGUCAAGCCUAGAUGGUAUGUGCUUAUGUUUGGUGUUGUGAAGCCUCCAACGGAGAUGGAACUUAAAGAUAUAAAAAGCCGACAGAUUCGCCGCAAUAUGAUGUUUCCGCCGUCUGUGGCGGAAACUGUCAAGAAGCCUCCGAUUAACAAGUGCUCUUCCAAGCUUCUUAAAGUAUUGAGUUGCAGGGAUAAUACCAGUGUCGCUGUAACGACGUCGUUUUACAUGCCACGGGUAUAAGAAACGAAGCUGAAAGUUAUCACGUGCCUUGCGUGUGUGUAUAUUUACAAUUUUAUCCAUAUUAAUCUGGUGCUAUACGGAUAAGAGUUUGAAGAAAUUAGAAAUGUGAGGGCAAAUAGGUCAAUUUUAGAUAUUGGGUAAAACGCAAACAUAAUUCUGCUUUGACAUAGAAAGGAGGAUGUAUAGGGUACAGUGACGGACCACGGCUUCUAAUGUUUCUCUUUUGUUAUUUGUUGGGAAUUGGAAGAUUUUUAUUUUUUAUUUUAAAAUUUUCGAUUAGGUGGCCAUAGCAAUAAAUGACGAUCACGAGAACUCCGACAAUUGAUUAUUAUUAUGAUUAAUAUCAUUUAUUUUUGUGAAUUAUUAAUAUUAGUGAGUUAUUAUUGCAAGUGUUUUGGAAUGAGUAUUUUUUGCAAUAAAAAGAGAAUAUUUAUUACCACUA